AUGGAAAGAAUAGAUCAAAUCAUCAAUUGUUCAAAUGUUGAACUUUUAAAAUUUAAAUUACAUUUGAAUUUGAAUAUUCAUAUUAGAAGGUUAGAUAAUGGAGAUGUAUUGAUAAACUCUGGUGACCCAUUUUUUGGUGGAAUCUAUCGACAACAAAGAAUGAACAAUAUCAGCAUUGAAAAUAGAUGUCCAUUAGAUUUCCCAGCACUCUAUUUGAAUUUUAAAACAAAAGAAAAUCAUAUCUAUGUUUAUCCAAGUAAUAAUCAUAAUAUUAUUGAAAACAAAUUAACUUUCUAA